GAGCGAGAGCAACGAGAGAGAAAGAGAGGGAGUGUGUGUGAGAGAGAAGAGAGAGAGAGAGAGAGAGAGAGAGAGAGAGAGAGAGAGAAAGGGGGUCGGCAGGCAAAACAAGCCCCAUGCAUAAGGAGGGAGCCAGAGGCACAGAGACAGAGAGGGAGAGUGUGUGAGUGUGCAUGUAUGUGUGAAAAUACUGCGCAUGUGUGACUGUGAAGCACACUGACUGGAGCAGACGGAGAAGGAGAAAGAGGAGGAAUGAACAGCAGCUGAGACAAGAGGAGAGAUAACAGCAGAGGAGAGGGAAAGACGGAGAAGAGAAGGUUUACCUGAAGACCAGAAGACGAGACAGUAGACGCACAGAAAGGAAGAGAAGGCGGUGUACAUUCAGAAAAACAGCACAGAUGCUCAGGUCACUGCAUAGAAUCAGCUGAAUUAUUUGAGAGGCUUAGGAAGAGGAAUGGAGAAAGAGAGGCCAGCGGGAGAUGCUCAGCCACAGCUCAGAGGAGAAGGAGCAUCGUUGGGAGAGUGAAGGACAAAAGGUACCAGAGAGGAGAGGAGAAGAGGAAUGAGGGAUGCGGAGCUCGACGAAAGCAGCUGGAGACACGACGCAUCCACCUUGUAACGGCUUCCUCCAUCUUACAUCUCCUCCAUGUUUUCCUCCCCGCACUGCUGCCAGGUUGCUUGUCCUGCUGGAAUCAAAUGGACAGGAGAGAGCAUCCUCCCUCUGGUGAGAACAUCCCUUGAACAAAGAGACUGAGCGGCUCAGUUUAUCUUCACAGAAGCAGCAUCAACAACAACGUCGACGGCAUCAACUGGAACAGGAGUGAGGAGGUGAGAAAGGACUGGAACAAGAGAAGUGCGUAGGCAGACAGGUAGGUGGUGCCAAAGGAGUCACGUUAUGAGUCGGAGACACUGAAAAAGGGAGACAAGCACAGAAGCACAGACUGUUAUCACAUCUUCUGCUCAGUUGGGAGGACUAUCUGAAAGUCAAAACUCUUCACUCCCACCUCUGAGGAAUUCAGGAGCCUUGGAGCUUGAAGGAGUCAUUCUAACAGAGCAUUAUAGGAUAACGCCCCAUCCUAAAAAAGACCUCCUCCCUCUUUCUUAUCAACAGGUCACCAAGAGGGGUCACACAGGGUUACCUGACCGAACUCGACCAAGAGCAGAAAGACUUGAGGUUAUUCUUUCUUUCUCACGCUCUCGAGUCGAUGUGUAACACACCCGCAGCCAAAAACAGGAAGUUAAGCAGGUGUUUGAGAGAGAAACACACGUAAGGGCUAGUUUGUGAAGGCAAGAGUUUCCUUGGCAGGCCACAGGAUAUAGAUUAAGACAAUACCUCUUGGACCUUUCCAAGUGAACUGCCUGAACUCAAUGCCCCAUCCCACACACCCCCCACUCUGGGACUGAAGAAAUCCCACAAACCUGUACUGUAUGUAUAUAUGUGAGCAUCUGCGUGCAUAUGAGAUUAUUUAUUGGUGUUACCACUGAGUGAGAACAUAUCUUUGUGCUAAAGUACUAACUGUUGUCCUUGUGUGUGAAUAUAUGUUUCUGCAAAUAGCCAUCAGAGAUAGCACAGAAACAUCAGCAUAACAACAACGAAAAAACUACCUUUAAGUAGUCAACACUGGUCAGAUACUGUAAGCUGGACUGUUAAAUCAUCUGUACAUAUCAGAGGUGACAGAAUAAGAGCUCCAGAUUGUGGUGCUCUGGCUGAGCUCCUCCAUCUAUUUUCCCCUCAUAAAGACUCAGGCUGACAGUAGCGCCCAGCAGAGGGGGAUCUCUAAGGGAAACAUGGAGGCAACCAUCCGUCCCCAUGUACCCUCCAAUGGCUGACUUCAGAGAAAGAGCCCACGUUUUUUCCCCUUGCCCAGAACCAAGCAGGGGUGUCCAGUGCUGAUUAGAUACACAAACCCUCUUCUUUUCCACCUCCAAAAACGUGCGAAUGUCCUGCCUCAGGCGCCAGCCCGUCACCAUCCCAAUGGACACCGUCAAGAUCAUCCAGUCGGAGAAGUUCCCCAGGGAGUGCCCUGUGCCAGUCACCCAGCCACGCUAUGCCCCGCCCCCGAGGGUUGCGUGGGACGGCGGAGGUGAAGGCGAAAUCAUAGUCAACCAGGCCUGCAGUGACUUGACCCUGGACAUGACAGGGUCUCCCCGGUCUCUUGUGUCCACUCCGGCCCCCGUGACGCGCAGGGAGCAGAGCUUCCUGGCGCAGCGCAAAACCAGUGCCAACGAAAUCUGCUACCACCAGUUCCACUACAAGAUGGAAGACGUCAUAGUCAACCAGUACGUGCUGCGCUCCUCUUCCACCUCCUCCUCCACUUCUUCCUCUUCCUCCUCGGGGCCCGUCAUGCCCUGCGAGCCCCUGGACUGCCCCACCUGCGGCCACACCUACAACUUCGCUGGCAAGCGUCCGCGCAUCCUCUCCUGUCUGCACUCGGUGUGUGAGGAGUGCCUGCAGAUCCUCUACGAGUCCUGCCCCAAGUACAAGUUCAUCUCCUGCCCCACGUGCCGGCGCGAGACAGUGCUGUUCACUGACUAUGGCCUGGCUGCUCUGGCCAUCAAUACCAGCAUCCUGAGCCGCUUGCCCUCUGACCCCAACGGGCCCGUGCAGUGGGGCGGGGACGCCGACCGCAGCUGCUACCAGACUGUGCGCCAGUACUGCCAGUCAGCCUGCACCUGCCAGAUCGCCAACCCCUUGUCCUCCUGUGGCAUCAUGUAGACAAGGGGAGACACUUCAGUCAUGACUCGACGUUGCAAACUCACCUCCACCUCCACCACCACUCUUUUCGUCUAUAAGCUCUACCCCUUCUGCCAGUCCCUUCUCUCUCUCACAUACAGUAAAUAAAUCCCUCCACAGAUGUUAUCUCUAUAUAUUUAAUAGCACAGAUGGAUGCUAUGUGGGACUAAUGGAUGCUGGUGGUGAAAUAAAUAGUAAAUAAAUGUAUUUUAUGUAUGGACUGGAAUCCUAUUCACCCUCUCUCGUUUGGUUGGACGUGUUUGUCAUUGACAUCUCUUUACAUGGGAAUGCCAGGGGAGGUCUAUCCCCCAACCUAGGUGAAUAAAGAUUAAAUAAAUGAUAAAAGUAA